CACCCGAGGUAAAAACUGAACCUCUUUCCCAUCGAAACCCUAGAAGACGAGCACUCCAUCUAAUCUAGUCUAGCUCCCGAAGUACGGCAGCGCCGCCGACCGGAGGCGAAGGCAGCGGCAGCCGUAAGCCUCGCCCAUGGAUCUGGAGAUUGUGGGGCGGCACGCCUUGCUCUUCGACGACGACGCGGCGGCGGAGGUCGUCAACUCCGGCGGUUCCCUCGUCCCCUGGUCCGCCGCUGGCGCGACCAAUCUCCUCCUUGACCGCCACGACGUCAGGCACCUCCUCGACCGCGUCCCUCCUCGUCCAAGCCGCGCCUACUCUGUGGCCCUCCUCGCCGUCCCCUCCCCCGACGGCGUGUCCGAGGCCGAGCUUGACCGUGAGCGCUUCCUCGAUCUCCACGCAGCCGACGACGGCACCGUAGAAGGCCCCUCUUCAGGAAAUGGGACUGAUACUGGGCAGUCUGAUUAUAAUGCUGUCCCUUUCUCAUACGGCGGACCUGCUGGUUCGGGCGAUCCAAAUGAGUCGGUCUCGUUUUAUCGCCCAUCUUUUAUUGUGCCAGAAAGCCUGUUGAAUAAGCUGCCUCCCUCUGAGAAGGUGCAUCAGAUAAUUGCAAGAACUGCUUUAUUUGUAAGUGAGCAUGGCGGACAAUCAGAGAUUGUGCUAAGGGUGAAGCAAGGAAGUAACCCAACAUUUGGAUUCUUGAUGCCUGAUCAUCACCUCCACAGCUACUUCCGGUACAUUGUUGAUCAUCCUCAGCUGUUGAAAGAUGGCUCAGACGCUGACACCAAUAAAGGCAACACAACGGUUAUGAGCGAGAAUGAGCAUGCCGCUCCAUCAAGCGGAGCUUUAUCAUUGCUUGGAGCUGUCUAUGAGUCUGGAGGUGAGGAUGAAGAUGUGCUUCCAGCUAGUUCGAAAAGCACUGAUUCUGGAAAUGACGCUGUUUUACCUGAGAAAGGCCACAAAGGAUGUGCUUCCCAUAUACAUGACAAGGAGAUGAAAAAAGAACCGACAGUAACAGAAGAAGCUUUGACUGCAGACAAGGAUAAACCUAUUUUUACUAAGAAGAACCCAGCAAUUACCGGAAACAGCAUAACUGCUGCUCACCGGGAAAAGGUCAAAGGUGCCAUGGUGGCGUUGACCACUUCUACCAAGUCUGAGAACUCUAAAUUAAGUGUAUCUGACACAAAAGAGGUGAUCCUGGAACCACCAUCGUUUAUGAAGGGCACAGUGGAGAAAAUUGUUGAAUUCAUUCUCAGGAACGGGAAGGAGUUUGAAGAAAAGCUCAUUGCGCAAGACAGGAUGACAGGGAGGUUUCCAUUUCUUCUGCCCAAUAAUCCAUAUCACUCUUACUAUCUCAAGAUUCUCCAAGAAACCCAGGAGUCGAAGUCCCGUGGUGGUUCUUCAGAGUGCAAAGACAGAAGGAGUUCUUCGGAGCGCAGAGACAGGAGGGGUUCUUCAGAGCGCAGAGACAGGAGGAGUUCUUCAGAGCGCAAAGACAGUGGCCAUGAGAAGGAAGUGUCCAAAAGCAAAGGGCGGGGAAGUGCUAACAAGGACUCAAGUGCUUCUGAUAGAAGCUCUGCAGAGCCAUCAGAGAAGCAACUUAAUGAGAAGGGCAAAUUCCAGUUGGUCAUUGGUGGUGUCAAGAAGGAACCUCCUCGGAAGGUUACUGCAGAUGAAGCUGCUGCUAUUGUUAUGGCUGCUACUCGUGGACUAGGCUCUAUGGAUCCUCAAUCUAACACGGUAAAAGACACGCGUGACAUUGGCCGUAUGCAGGACCCAGGUGAAGUGUCCAAACCUGUCUCAAGUAGUGAGGUUUGCACUUCACUCACAAGUAGUGGUCAGGUAAAAAAGGAAGGUAUUGGAAUCAUUGAUGAUGAUUGGAUUUCAAAUACGAUCGCAAAAGCUGUUGCUGUUGCCGCCUCUAAAGAGGCAGAUUCUUCUGAAGCUUCGAUGACAAAUGCGCAGAAGCUGAAGGCUGAGAGGCUUCGGCGUGCAAGGAUGUUUACUGCAAUUAUUAAGGGUGGAGGCAGCAAGGGUGAUCCGGUGACAAGUGAUCCAGUUAAUGAAUCUGCAAAGGUCUCUCCUGCUGAUUUGAACCUCCCUGGACCUGAUACAAAACCUUUGGCUACUGAACGGGAAGGCAGCUCUGUGCCUUCUGAGCGUGAAGGUUCAAAUAUGAAGAAGCAGGAGAAAGACUCUGAUGAUGAACAAAACAAGGCACGUAAAUACCGGAAGCAUCACCCAGAAUCCAAUGAGGACAUAGAUGAUUUGGAGGAGGAAAGCUAUAAACACUCAAGGAAGAGGCAUCGUUCAAGAGGACACAGUAUGGAUGCACACAAACAUAAGCAGAGGCAACACUCCAAGGAUAGGGAGUAUAUGCAUGAAAACAGUUAUAGUUCUUCAGAAGAUGAGCGUCGCAGUUCCAAGUCAAGGCAUCGGCAUAGGCAUGACCAUUACUAUGCUGAAGAUGCCGAGCAUCGCAGCUCGCAUAGGCACCGGAGGAACCAUGGCUCUGGUUCCAAAAGGAAACACAAGGACGACCGUGCUGAACCCUCCCAAAGCACGUCAGAGCAGAAGUAUGGAUUAGAGCAACCCCCUGGUGAUACUGCUCAAUCUUCCAAUGCAUCAACUGAGGUUCCAGAUGAGCUGAAAGCAAAAAUUAGAGCGAUGUUAUUAGAGACACUGUAAUAUAUUGCGCGAUGCAAUGCACUAGCACUGUUUUUAUUACUAUAUACUGGUGUUAUCUUUUCAGCGCCAUAUUUAUUACUAUUCAGCUUAUAUU